UUGUGGUACUAGGUAAAAAGCAUAUUCAUCAUGGCAUGGGAGAAUCAGACCUUCAACUCUGACUUCAUCCUCCUGGGAAUCUUCAAUCACAGCCCCACCCACACCUUCCUCUUCUUUCUGGUCCUAGCCAUCUUUUCAGUGGCCUUCAUGGGAAACUCUGCCAUGGUUCUCCUCAUCUACUUGGACACUCAGUUACACACCCCCAUGUACUUCCUCCUCAGCCAACUGUCCCUCAUGGACUUCAUGCUCAUCUGCACCACUGUACCCAAGAUGGCCUUCAACUACUUGUCUGGCAGCAAAUUCAUAUCUAUGGCUGGCUGUGCCACACAAAUUUUCUUCUAUACAUCACUGCUUGGCUCUGAAUGCUUUCUGUUGGCUGUUAUGGCUUAUGACCGCUAUAUUGCCAUUUGCCACCCUCUGAGAUACACCAAUUUCAUGAGACCCCAAAUUUGUGGACUUAUGGCUGCCUUCUCCUGGAUCCUGGGCUCCACCGAUGGAAUUAUCAAUGUUGUAGCUACAUUUUCCUUCUCCUAUUGUGGGUCUCGGGAAAUAGCCCACUUCUUCUGUGAGUUCCCUUCCCUACUAAUCCUCUCAUGCAAUGACACAUCAAUAUUUGAAAAGGUUCUUUUCAUCUGCUGUAUAGUAAUGCUUGUUUUCCCCGUUGCAAUCAUCAUUGCUUCCUAUGCUCGAGUUAUUCUGGCUGUGAUUCACAUGGGAUCUGGAGAGGGUCAUCGCAAAGCUUUUACUACCUGUUCCUCUCACCUCACAGUGGUGGGAAUGUACUAUGGAGCAGGUUUGUUUAUGUACAUACGCCCCACAUCUGAUCGAUCCCCAAUAAAGGACAAGAUGGUGUCUGUAUUCUACACCAUUCUCACUCCCAUGCUGAAUCCCCUCAUCUACAGCCUCCGCAACAAGGAAGUGACCAGAGCAUUCAAGAAGAUGUUAGGAAAGGGAAAGUCUGGAGAGAGAGUUACCUCAUAAACUUUAUGUUUUGAUGUCUGCUAAAUUAUUCUUUUUAAUAUCCUCCUUUUUCUAUUAAGUC